GAUUUGCCUUGGGUUUCUCCUAAACAGGAGAUCAAAGAACAUUACCUCUCAAAUUGUUGUGAUUUGCCUUGGGCUACCUCACUGACUAGGACAUAUCUAUGCAUUCUUCAUAAUGUCCAAGUCCAAGUCCAAGCAGACAAUAUACACUGGUUUUGUUGGCAAACAUGGAUGGUGGCUUGAACAGGACAAUAAAGAUAAUGUUCCAGUUCAUCACAUGCCAGGAGCUAGAUAUUUCAUUGAAUGUGGUGCCAGAUCAUGACCGAGGAAAACGAGAGAAAAAACAAGGACUGAAUUUGAUGAAGCCAGCAAAGCUUCUCUCAACAAUGAAGUUACGGAUGGACUAGUUAACGUGUGUUUGUUUGGAGAAGUAACGGAGUUGAAGGGGGAUCUAUUCUUUCCAUGACCUCCUCCUCCAUGUUUACCAAUCCUUCCUCUAGUAACUACUAGACCUUCUGCAUUUGAUCUUGAUCUACCAUUUAAGCCUUUCUCUUUCAACUCCACUUCUAAAUAGUCACUUCUUUGAUCGUCAAUGUUUCCUUCCCAUUGCCAUAGUUCAGAGUAUAUAUAAGAGAAUAAUACUGAAGAGGAAAACUCGUAAGAAUCGAAAUAGCUUAAUCCUCAUAUACAAUAUGAAUGUUCAAGCUUGCAAGAUCAUCAACAAAUUUUAGGAAAAUGUCUAGAUUUUCUUUUAUACUUUUGUUCUCCACCAUUUUAUAACUUGCAAAGCUUUGAUUCAAAUAAGUCCGGUUCGGUAGAGUCUUAGUUUGAUAGCUCCCUCUAGCUUUCUAAACUUCCAAAGCUGUUGUUUCUUUCAUGAAUUUCCUUAGAACUAUAUUGGUUAGGCUUGAACAGAUCAAGUUCUUCGCACGAGUAUCUUUCUCCUUAGAAAGACGAUCUUUCUUAGCUUCAACUUCAGUCUUAGAGCUUGAGUCGUCUUCUUCCUUAGUAUCCUUGAUAACUUCUUCAUUAAGAACAUUACCGACCCCAUGCAGCUCAAGUUGUUUCAGCCUCGUAAACUUUCACAUUCCGAAUCGCCAGAUCCAUCGAAUUUGUACACAAAAAUUGUUUCCUCGACGAUAACACCGUGUAUGCCAAUAUGCUCGCACUUGAUAGGUGUGUCAGAGCCAAAUUUUCCAGAUACGACCACAAUGAAAGGUAGGAGUUUGCUGCUAUCUAUCUCUAGAAAUUGGACUGAAAAUACGGAAUAGCAAGAAACAGUUUCAAAAAUCAUCAAACAGAGCAAAGAAACAGAGAAGAUCAGGGAGAGAAAAACACCCAACUCCUUCGGCUGUAUGGAUUGCAUAUCUGGUCAAUGAUGUAAUGUUAUAAAAAACGUAAAGGGCUCAGAGAAUUCAGUAUUAAUAAUUAGGGAUAAACUAUCUCAGUCAGUUACAAGAAUUAAAGAUGCUCGUCUAUACAGGUUGUCUAAACAGGUAUCUCUCUACUUUUGGUCUCAGGCCGUCUAGAGCGAGCUCGUCCAGUGGAGAGGUCAUCCCAGACUUCUACAGUGAUCAAAGAGGCAAUGCUCUCCUUUUUUUUUUUGAAACACACUUAUAUUAAAUGAUCAAAUCAAAGUAGUUGGAGCCAUUAAAACCAGUUCAACAGACAAAGCCUGCUUUGCUAGCUUAUCAGCUACAUCAUUUCUCACACGAGAAAUCCAGUGAAAAGAAAUACAUUCGAAAGAAGAAGCUAAAGAGAUAAUAUCCGCUAAGAUCCUCGACAUUCCGAAAUCGCCACAUUCCGAAACAUAUUUAGGGCCUGACUGGUGUAACCGCAGCGGUUGCGGUUGCGUUUGCGGGAGUUUGUGGGUGUGGGUGAUUGCGGUUUUAAGCGUUUUCUAAAGAUUUGUAUGACUGGUACAGGUGUUAGAAAUUGUUGCGUUUGUGGGACUCUUAUGACUGGUAAACUACCAAACGCAACAUCUGUUAAAUAAUAAUUUAAUAAUAUUUACAAUAUAAAAUUUCUAUUUAUAAAAUCAUAUUAUUAAAUUUUAAAAGUUUAUAAAAUAUUUUGGUUUUAAAUUUUUAUAAUAUAAAUUGAAAUAUAGUAUGAAUACAUUUUACAAUUUCUAUUAUUUCAAUUUAAAAUUUUUAUUGGAUGUUUUAGUAUUAUUUUUUAUUUAUUCUGUUUUUAAAGAAAAAAAAUUUACCCUCCCGCAACCGCAAACGCUAGCUGGAACCAGUUUUUGAUUUUAAGAAGUUCGGAGCGGUUUGAAGCGAUUUAUAGCAUUUUCUGUGAUUGUUUCGAAACGCCAACAACCGCUAUGAACCGCAAAAGCUGCGUUUGCUGGUGGUAGCGGGAAAACGAGUCAGCCCCUUUAUGUUUUCCGUUUGGUACGAUUUAGUUUUCUGUUUACAGGCAAGUGUCUCAUGCCUAGUGGCUAUAUGGUAAAAACAAAAGUACGGAGUCCACCCACACAGUGAAUUCCACUAUUCCAAUCACUGCGAUACGAUCUUUAGAUUCAACGUCUUCACCAGUUUUCACGGACCUGACGUCCGUAAAACAUUUCUCAGUCAUUUACGGGAACAGUUUAAUCGCAAUGGGAUUUCCAUGUUCGAUGAUGAAAGGAUCGAGAGAGGCCAAACCAUUGGCCCUGAACUAAUGGAAUCGAUUGGAGAAUCGAGGAUCGCGAUCGUGUUGCUCUCGAAAAAUUAUGCUUCUUCGAGCUGGUGUUUGGAUGAACUGUUGGAGAUUUUGAAGUGCAAGGAAGAUAUGGGACAAGUCGUGAUGACGAUCUUCUACGGAGUAGAUCCAUCUGCUGUAAGGAAACAGACCGGAGAUUUUGGGAAAUUUUUCAACGAAACUUGCGCUAGUUAUGGAGAGGGGGAGCGGCGAAGAUGGAGCAAAGCUUUGAACGAUGUGGGAAACAUUGCCGGGGAACACUUCCUCAACUGGGUCAAUGAAGCUAAAAUGAUUGCGAAGAUUGCAAAAGAUGUUUUACAAAAACUGAAUGCAACACCGUGUAGAGAUUUUGAAGGCAUUGUGGGACUUGAUGCUCAUCUAAAGGAAAUAGAGUCUUUGUUAGAUCUGGAUUACGAUGGAGUUAAGAUGGUUGCCAUCACUGGUCCUGCAGGGAUCGGUAAGACUACCAUAGCUCGAGCUUUACAUAGUCUACUCUCCCGUAGGUUCCAGCUUACUUGUUUUGUGGACAACCUUAGGGAAAUCUGUCCUAGUGGUCUUGACGAAUAUGGUUGGAAGAAAAGGUUACAAGAAAAUUUUCUUUCAAAGGUUUUGAACCACAAGGACAUGAGGAUAUGCCAUUUAGGUGCAGUAAAAGAAAACCUAUGCGACCAGAAAGUGCUUAUCAUUCUUGAUGACGUGAACAGUCUAAAGCAAUUAGAGGCGUUGGCUAAUGAGAGUGCAUGGUUUGGUCCUGGGAGUAGGAUUGUAGUGACCACAGAAAACCUAGAGAUUUUGCAGCAACAUGGUAUCGGUAGCACUUACCAUGUGGGGUUUCCAUUUGAUGAAGAAGCUAUCGAGAUCUUAUGUAGAUGUGCUUUUAGACUAAGGUCUCCACUUUAUGGUUUUGAGGUGCUUUGUACAAGGAUAAUAAGGCUUUGUGGUAAUCUUCCAUUGGCUCUAUGUGUGGUGGGUAAAUCUUUACGUGGGAAGAAGAAGGACGAAUGGGAAGAUGUAGUGAACAGACUGGAAACUAUUCUUGAUCAAGGUAUAGAGGACGUGCUAAAAGUGGGCUAUGAAAGUUUAGAGGAGAAUGAGCAAACCCUAUUUCUCCACAUUGCAGUCUUCUUCAACAAUGAAGAUAGUGAUCUUGUGAAAGCCAUGUUCUCUGACGGUACAAUAGAUGUCAAACGCGGUUUGCAGAUCCUAGUCUAUAGAUCUCUCAUAGAGAUAUCUACAUAUGGGAAUAUAAUCGAGAUGCACAAGCUACUACGACGAGUGGGUAGACAAGCCAUUCAUAAACAAGAGCCUUGGAAACGCCAAAUCUUACUGGAUGCGCAUGAGAUUUGCGAUGUCCUCGAAAACGAAACAGGAACUAGAGCUGUGUCCGGCAUAUCAUUUGAUAUAUCAGGAAUCAACGACCUGAUUGUUGACGAAAGAGCUUUUAAAAGAAUGUAUAAUCUUCAGUUUCUCAAAGUCUACAAAAGCAGAGAUGACAAACUAAAAUUUGACAUUCUUGCUGGGGAAAAAAGCAGAGAUGAUAUGAAUGAUGUAAUACAUAUACCUGAGGAGAUGAAGUUUCCACGCCGUCUAAGGUUUCUACAUUGGAAUGCAUACCCUAACAAGUGUCUUCCUCCUUCCUUUCAUCCUGAAUAUCUCGUGGAACUUGAUAUGAAGCAUGGCAAAUUCGAGCACCUCUGGAAAGGAACCCAGCGGCUUGCAAAUCUCAAGAAGCUUGAUCUGUCAUUUUCAUGCCAGUUGAAGGAACUCCCGGAUCUUUCAAGAGCAACAAAUCUGAAGAUAUUGGAUAUGAGUUAUUGCAAGAGUUUGGAACAUGUCUAUGCAUCCAAGCGGGACAUCUAUUUAUAUGCUAAAGAACAUGGAUGGCUUGAACAGGAGAAUGAGAUGAUGUUCGAAUUCAUCAGUACCUACCACGAACUCAACAUUGUUGAAUGUGGUGCCCAUGUGUUUACGGUGGAAAAAGAGAUAAGAAGGCUUGGGUUUGAUCAAGCCAACAAAGCGACUCAAUCUCUUCUCUCAACACUAAUAUUACUGAAGGAAUAAUCUACACGAAAGAAGACAACAAUGGCAAAGCUGAGAAUCGUACAGAUUGUUGGAGCUGGCUUCUCUGCUUUAGUAUCUCCCAUUUUGUGAGAAACACUUAAAGCUUGUUUUGGGGAAAAAGACAGAUAUAGUCAAUCAAGAGUGAAGCAAGGAAGAUUCAAACAGUAUUUACAGGCAACUCGAGUAGAGAAUGCUUCUGAGCCCUGAGUUGAGUUUUGCUCAGUGACGAUAUGUCUUAACCACCUGAUCUAUACGUCUCCGACAAAGUGGACAGCUGGACAAAUGGGAGGAGCAUGCGGUGCAGCAGCACAUAUGACCACACCUGCGAGAAGUAACAACAACACACGCUCUUUUUAGCAAUUUGCAAAUGUAAAAAACAGCCAAAAUGAAGCAGAAGAAUGCUUACGGGACAAACACAGCAUUGUAGUUCUGCUCAAGGCAGAUCACACAGAGAUCAGGAACAGCGCCUUCAUUCUUGGUAGAAUCUGAAACGCUCUCAUGUGCGCCGUUUGAACCUGGUGAGAGAAAAGUUUUGUGGUCAGAAACUGUGCUACCAAUUUAUGAGUGGAAAAUAAAAAGAUUUCACCCAAUGGAUACCUUCAGUCCCAGCUCUCUUAGCUGCUGCAUCAAGCACUCUGCAACAACAGUUGACACUGCUUAAUUUUUUUGUGUACAUAAUUUUCGAGGGAAACAAAACGGAUCUAGUUGAGGACAAUUAUUCAACUUUAUAGACAGACAAAUGUUUAACA